AUGGCUCCACAACCUGUGGUCACUGGCUUAUCUCCCAAAGAAGGUCCUCCCGGCACUCGAGUAAUCAUACGCGGCGAAUUUUUGGGAACUAAAGCUACUGAUUUAAUCGGUCUGAAAAUAUGUGGAUCGGAUUGCUUGCUCUCUGCCGAAUGGGUUUCACCAAAUAAAAUUAUAGCUCGUACGGGUCCGGCUAAAGGUCUGGGGGAUAUCAUUGUAACAACUCGCAGUGGAGGUGAAGGCACAUCUUCGGUACAGUUCCGUGCCAUAGGUAAUCAUGAGAUAAUUGGCCCCCUUAAAGAAUCGGCGGUUUGGAUUGAGGAGGCACCGACACAAAAUUUUGCCUGGGGUCGCAGGACCUUGGUGCAAUCGGUGCUGACGCAAGAGGACCCGCUGGGCUUGUCCACAGAGGGGAAUGAACAGAAACAUGUUGAUAAUUUACGGGAAUUGUUUCCAAAUGCCAGUGGAGAUCUACUACAAGAGAACUUUUCGCCAGCACUAUUUUUACUGGAGAAGCACUCAGCAACGACAUUUGCUGAUUUGAAAGCCGGUCUGAAACAUUUAAACCGGAAAGUGGAGAGCCAAAAAGAGGGUCAAUUGUCAUUCUUGAAAUCGAAUGCUGGUUCGGUGAUUGAUCAGCUCGACACUAUGAUGAAUAUCCGCGAUAAGCUACAAGAAGAUCUGAAACAAUAUGGACCUGAACCACUCAACGUUUUGGAACAACAAAUUGAAAAUUCCAUUUCAAAAUCGGAGGACAUUUUUACCGAUGUUCUCGUGCGAAAGGAAAAGGCUGACUCCACACGAGCUGUUUUAUUGGCCUUGUCACGUCAUAAAUUUUUGUUCUGCUUACCGAACUCCGUGGAAAAGAGAGCUGCAGCUGGGGAAUACGAUAUCGUUGUUAACGACUAUGCCAGAGCUAAAAGUCGUUUUGGAAAAACGGAGAUUCCUAUUUUCCGUACAGUAAUGGAAGAAGUGGAUCAUCGCAUUUUGCAAAUUCGUAAACAACUUCAUGAAAAAGUCAUAAAAAUGCCACAGAGUGUGGAACAACAACGCAAACUUAUUAAAGCAUUGAUAAGUUUGGAAGUUCAACAAUCUGGAUCUGCUAUCAAUGACAAAAUACGGAAUACAGAUCCUGCCUGGGAUGCAAUAGACGCAAGAGCAAAAUACCUGGAACAAACAUUUAAACACACAUUUGAACAAUAUGCCUCUAAAGAUGCCCAAGGAGCAGAAAAAAGUAAAAAUCGAGAUCUUUCGCAACCUCCCAAUAGGGUUGCAUUUUGUGAGGAAAUUUGUGAAAUUGCUGCUUCACAAUUACCCGACCUAUGGCGUCUGGGUCAAAUGUACUUUACAGGUGAACUGCGGGGACCAAACGACCCACGUCCUGGGGACUUUAAGAGAAUGAUUCUAAAUGCCAUUGAAAAGUUCUGCAUUUAUCUAAAAAUUGCUAUGUGCACCACUGACGCAGAAGCACGGGCCCUGCGCCAAAGUGUAGGUCUCAUAUGGCCAAUAACCCACGGUUCACACGAUAUAUUUAAAGCUUGGCUUCCGCAAUGUUUACGUUAUACUCGCAUAACCUACGCCACACUUAUUAGCUUAGACUUACCGUCUGCCGCCUUAGACAUUGUGCAGAAAUUCAUCGAUGAAACACGGUUACACUGUUUUUCCAACAUAUUCGAAAGAGCUACGCAGAAGUGCAGCAAACUGACUGAAUUGGAAAGCUGGGAAAUGGGAGUAGAAGAUUUUCCCGGCGCAACUCUGCUGCCACAACGGUUGGAAGAUUUACUGAUAGAGACUUUGGACGAAGCCCAGCAGGCUUGUAUUAAUCCCGAAAUAAGAGAGGGUAAUCUGUUGGAGUCCGAAUCCGAUGGACAACGCGAAGUUUCGUUACGUUUACAAAAAAUGUUACUAUGUUUUUGUGAUGUUAUUCAAGAUUUGGCAUUUAAUUCACACAAGGAAGAAACACCUACGCAUAACGUGUCACAGUUGUUAGGUUAUCCUAAUAAUCAAAGCAGUGGUCCUGCCUCGGGAAGAUUUGCAAGUCUUUCGCCAUCAACUGUCGUGACAUGGGAGCAGCGAAUGUUGUGUUGUUUAGCAAAUUGUGCUUAUUGCAAUAAGAGUUUUUUCCAUCGCGUGGGUAAACUUUUUGAGAGGUAUGGUUAUCCGUUACCAUCCCUGGCAAUUGAAACAGCGAGAUAUUCAGUAAAUAAAUUGUUCUCCAACAUUUUGGAUGCAUAUGUGGAGCAUAAAGGUGAUCCCCUGGUUGGUACAAUUGAGCCUUCAAUGUACUUGGGUGGCUUCCAAUGGGAUAUUGAAAUGCCAAUUGGAAACUUGCGACCCUACGCCCAUGAAUGUUGCGAUAAUUUAGUGGCUGUUUAUUCCGAGAUAUUUACCAUAUCGCCGGCGUUGCUAAGAUCUAUUUUGGAACCUAUUGUUUUGACGAUAUCGGAAGAAUUAGCACGGCUUAUGAGUUGUGUUCCACAAUUUAGUUACUCGGGGGCAAUACAGGCAAAUGUUGAUAUACGUUUGUUGAGAGAUACUUUGCGUAUUUAUACGAACGAAACAGGAAGAAAUUAUUUCCUAGAAGCUCUGGAGGCCAUCAAUCCUCCAUUAAACGCUGAACAAAUAAAACAAGCUGAUGAAAUAUUGGAACGCGUGAAGGAACGAAUGAAAUUACAAUUGAUGUGUUUCUUUGUAAAUGAACCAUAAUGAACUGUGGUUACACCAGUUUUG